AUGCUAAACAGGAAUGAUGAAGAGCAAGACAUUGAAAACAGGAAUGAUGAAGAGCAAGACAUUGAAAACAGGAAUGAUGAAGAGCAAGACAUUGAAAACAGGAAUGAUGAAGAGCAAGACAUUGAAAACGAACAAGAUAAAAGAGAUGAUGAUGAUGAAAUAGUAACUGAAGAUGGACCUGAUCUCAAUAUGCUAAACAGGAAUGAUGAAGAGCAAGACAUUGAAAACGAACAUGAUAAUAGAGAUGAUGACGAUGAAAUAGUAACAAAAGAUGGACCUGACGAUUUCCUUGGAAGUGAUUUGUUUACUGAACUACCAGAGCUAAAGGGUAUAAAAUCAUGA